UGCUGUCACCUGUUAUGUAGCCCCAUAAUGCCGGGCAGGCUAAUUAAUUAAUGACUGCAUUCUGUACCUGCAGAAAUAAGACCACACAAUACAGGCACAGGUCAGACUGGUCGGUUUUUAGAUAUUUUCCAUCGAAGUAAUCUCACAUACAAUGUCACAUUAUCUAAAAACAUGCACAUGGAAGCGCAUUUCCUAACCACAUGCUAAAAUUUAGACCGUGGGCGAUGAAUAAGGUUGUAUUUGCCUCUCUAUAUCCGUUGUAAUAACUGCACAAACUACUGCAACCCAGAAACAACAUGUUUUAUUGCAAACAGAGGCACUUAGGCAAAAUUAGUUUUCAACGUCAAGAUCAUCAUGACAACUGCACUCCGAUAUUGUUAUUGACAAUGCAUUAUUGGCAUUCCAAAUUAGCUUGACUCCAUGGUGCCAUAUAAAAGCAGCUUUGACAUUGAACGCAGAGUAGGUGACACCGCGACAGUCACGGCCACAAAGUGACCAUGGGUGUGAUCUGGUGGAGUAUCUGCUUCUUCCUUGGGCAUGCAGCAAUCCAAGGUGUAAUUUCCAUUCCGAUACAACAAGAAUUACUGGAUAAGUUGUUCAAAACUAACGAGUACAACAACGAGGUCCGACCAGUGAUGGAUGUCCAUGAAGCUGCUGUCGUCCGUAUCACCCUGACCCUGGAGCAUAUCAUAGAUAUGAAUGAGCACGACCAAGUUCUUCAGACUAAGAUGUGGAUAGACAUGGCAUGGCAUGACGGCAGACUUGUGUGGAACCCUGAUGACUACGGCGGAAUGGUGAACAUGACCAUCAAAGCAGGGGAUGUUUGGAGGCCUGACAUGGCCCUGUAUGAUAACGUUGAUCAAGGCUUCAGUGGCUGGCCAGUCAAUGUCUUGCUGCUGCAUCACAACGGGACGGUGACAUGGGCCUUCCCCACAGUCCUGUCCACCAGCUGUAAUGUGGACGUCUCUGGCUUCCCGUUCGACGAACAGCACUGCCACUUCAAGUUCGGCUCCUGGAUGCACGACGCCUCCAUGCUCAGGAUUGACGAUAGCGUCAAAAGUGGGGAUCUCUCGCAAUUGAGGGAAAGUGCCGAAUGGGACGCACAUUCAUUCCCAGCGGAGUUUCGUAAGAAGGCUUAUGGCGAGAUCAUUUACGAUGAAAUCAUUUUCCAUUUGAUCAUGAAGCGGAAAUGGCCCUUUUACUUCUUAAACCUGAUGUUCCCUUGCUUCAUGCUGGCCCUGUUGGCGACACUGAGCUUCUACCUACCGGCAGAGUCAGGGGACAAGGUUUCGUUUGGAGUGACUGUGCUUCUGGCUCUCGCCGUCUUUCUCCUCAUGAUAGCAGAGGACAUGCCACCGAGUGAAUCAAUUCCUUUGAUAGGCUGGUACGUGAUCGUGACUUUGGUCCUCCUGUCCCUGUCCCUGUUGCUGGGCUCCAUUGUGGUCAACCUGAGCAUCUGUACCGCUGACACCAAGCCUGUCCCUGCCUGGGUCCGUCGCCUCGUCCUCCGCUACAUGAGCCUCGUGCUGUGCAUGGGGGAUCUGAGUGAAUGUCGCGUUGUUGAUGAAGAGCAGAAGUCAGUGGAGACCGGGAAGAGGAUUCUGGAUGAUAGAACCCUGCAGGUGCUUCAGAUCAACACCCGAGAGGAAAAUGGCCCGGAAGUGAAGAAAGCAGAUGGUGAGCAUCUCCCGCUGAACGGUGGAAUGGAGGAGCUGCUGGAUCUGGUGCGGAGUAUCGCUAACCGUCUGGAGGAGGAGAGGGAGGGAGAGGCACUGGAGAACGACUGGAAGCGUGUGGCCCGCGUAUUGGACAAGUUCUUCAUGGUUCUGUACCUGUUGACUAGCGUCACAGUCAUUGUGUUUACUUGUGUAGAUGGUAUGGCUGGCUGAUCCGUCAGUCAUCUACUGUCAUAAACAUAUUUUGAAAGCAUGGUAAUGAUCGCAUUAUUCUCUGUGUGUUGUCCAGACGAGAAUGUCUGUUUUAGGACGGAAAUGCCAGGCUUGUUAAAGCUGAGUUAAAGUUGAAGGAAUUAAAAAGAUUCAUUUGAAACAAAUGUGUACAUGUUUUAACUAUGCACCCUGGAUGUGCAUAUAUGAAUAACAAAAUGCAUGGUUUAAAGAUAAGUUAGAAAUGACAAUUGGACCGUAGCUUACUCACAGUGAUACCUGACACGAGUGGGGUCUAGUGUUGAUGAUAUAUUCAGAGGACUUGCAAAACCAGUUGGCAUAGUCAAAGCUCUUACAGGGCUCUUACAUUUACACUUCGCCAGGUAUCUAUCUUCUGUAUCAUUAUGAAAGCCUAUAUGAUCCAAGUAUCUCCAUUGGAAUCCUAAUUCGAACCUAGAACGUCUGCUUAUUUCACUUAUAUUUUGGUCAAAACGUAUUAGUUGAUAUUCAAUCUUUAAUUUCAACGGGGAAGGACUCAUGCUCAUCAUACUAUAAACUAUAGUUAUUUAGGAUCGAACCACCAAGAAUUGUAGUGGGGCAUGUAAUGAAUAAGGAAUGAGGGGGGUAAGUGUAAUGAUAUUAAUAUAUUACGCAGCAUAUUACAUGGUGAAUAGAUAAGCCUAUACAUGAGAUGACACAGACGAACUAUAAACCAAGUAAAAAAGCCUUGAUGAUUCAACGAACAUGAUUGUGCAACUUGUUUACGCAUGACAACACCAUAGCCGACUGUAGAAUUAUUUCACAAUAUGAAGACAAUAAACUAG